GCGCAUAAAGUUUAGAUACGCGUGCUGCGGAAGGAAGUGCGCGCGUUGACGGAGCGGAGCGUGCUGUAAAUAAGUGUAUCGGAGGGAGAGAGAGAGAGAGAGAGAGAGAGAGAGAGAGAAAGAGAGAGAUUUUGGACAUCAUUUUCAGCCAGAAAAAAAGGAAACGCGUCUUGGCAACUUGGUACAGUAAACAAACCGUUUUUUUCCUCCUGGAAGUCUGUUUUUUAUAGCCUGUUAAUUUCUUUUCGUUAAUAUUUACGGAACGCACGAGAUGUUUGGACAGUGUGCGCUAUAGUGUACUCUCAUAUAUUUUAUAUGUACAUAUAUUAAUCAAAACGAAAAACAAACAACAAAUCCCUGCUCUCUAAAUGUGUCACAUAUCAACCAAAAUGGAGCAACCGUUUUAUCAUGACGACUCGUUUCUCUCUGCUUAUGGCACUCCAGACGCCGUGGCCCUGCGCGACUACAAGCUCCUAAAGCAGAGCAUGAGCGCCAGCUUUGUCGAGCCUUACCGCAACUUCAAGAGCGACUUCUACCCGGCCGGGAGCGCAGACGCCGGCUCGCUGAAACUUGCCUCUCCGGAGCUGGAGCGUCUCAUCGCGCAGAGCGGCGGAGGCGUGAUCACAAGCCCAACCCCGGGUCAGUACCACCUGUACGGUCGCUCCAUCACAGAGGAGCAGGAAGGCUUCGCGGACGGAUUCGUCAAAGCGCUCGACGAGCUGCACAAGAUGAACCAGGUGGCGCCGCCGAACGUGUCGAUCGGCGCAGGAGGAAUUCCCCCGUCCGUGCAGUCCGAGACGCCCGUGUACGCCACGCUGAACAGCUGCAGCCCCAACACUAGCGUCCAGCAGCCCGCCUCGCCUGGCACCUACCCCAGCGCCACCAUCAGCUACCUGCCUCACCAUCAUCAGUACCACCACCAACAGCAGCAGCAACACCACCACCAGCACCACGCUUUCCAGCACGCGCUGCACGCGCCGAGGCUCUCGGCGCUCAAAGAGGAGCCGCAGAUCGUCCCCGACGUGCACGGCGCCUGCACGGACGGCUCCCCGCCAACGUCGCCGGUCGACCUGGAGCAGCAGGAGCGCAUGAAGGCCGAGCGCAAGCGCCUGCGCAACCGGCUUGCGGCCACCAAGUGCAGGCGGCGGAAGCUGGAGCGCAUCUCGCGGCUGGAGGACAAGGUGAAGGUGCUGAAGACGGACAACGCCGGGCUGUCCAACACCGCGAGCCUGCUGCGGGAGCAGGUAGCCCAGCUCAAACAGAAGGUCAUGACGCACGUGAGCAGCGGGUGCCAGCUGAUGCUGACGCCUAAAAUCAAAUCGUACUGAGAAGUUCACGGACUCAUGGACAAACUGUGUUUAUUUUAUUUUUUUUAUUUCAUUAUUUUUUUUAAAAAAAGGGUAAACACUGGAAGAUUUCUUGAUGUUGUUAAUGCAUUGCAGCACCGAAUGAAUACGAGCGUAUUUUUCUUGUGGAAAACUUUUAAUGUGUUGCUGUGUGUAUGUUGUUGUUUUUGUUGGUGUUUUUUUAAGCAUUUCCUUUA